AUGCCGCCGCCGAGUGGCCCCGGCGUCCUCGCGCGGCUAUUGCCGCUGCUGGGGCUGCUGCUCGGCGGCGCCUCCCGGGCUCCCGGCAAGUCUCCGCCGGAGCCCCCCAGCCCUCAGGAGAUCCUGAUCAAGGUACAGGUAUAUGUGAGCGGGGAGCUGGUGCCCCUGGCCCGGGCCUCAGUAGACGUGUUUGGGAACCGCACUCUGCUGGCUGCUGGCACCACGGACUCAGAGGGCGUGGCCACACUACCCCUAAGUUACCGCCUGGGCACCUGGGUGUUGGUCACCGCUGCCCGCCCGGGUUUCCUCACCAACUCCGUGCCAUGGCGUGUUGACAAGCUGCCGUUAUAUGCGUCGGUCAGCCUCUACCUGCUCCCCGAGCGGCCAGCCACCCUCAUCCUCUAUGAGGACCUUGUGCACAUCCUCCUAGGCUCUCCAGGUGCCCGCUCCCAGCCCUGGGUACAGUUCCAGCGCCGAGCUGCCCGCCUACCUGCCAGCUCCACCUACAGUCAGCUUUGGGCUUCGCUCACCCCUGCCAGCACCCAGCAGGAAAUGCGGGCUUUCCCGGCCUUCCUGGGCACGGAGGCCUCCAGCUCAGGCAAUGGCUCCUGGCUGGAGCUGAUACCCCUCGCUGCUGUGAGUGUACAUUUGCUAACAGGCAAUGGGACAGAGGUGCCGCUCUCCGGCCCCAUUCACCUGUCCCUACCGGUGCCCUCAGAGCCUCGUGCCCUGGCUGUGGGCACCAGCAUUCCAGCCUGGAGAUUUGACCCCAAGAGUGGGCUGUGGGUACGAAAUGGUACAGGUGUGAUCCGAAAGGAAGGCCGGCAGCUCUACUGGACUUUUGUCUCCCCACAGCUGGGGUACUGGGUGGCUGCCAUGGCCUCCCCUACGUCUGGGCUGGUUACCAUCACCUCAGGCAUUCAGGACAUCGGCACCUACCACACAAUCUUCCUGCUGACCAUCCUGGCGGCUCUAGCCCUCUUGGUUCUCAUUCUGCUGUGUCUACUGAUCUACUACUGCCGGAGACGCUGCUUGAAGCCAAGACAACAGCACCGCAAACUGCAGCUCUCCGGCCCCUCGGACAACAAGCGAGAUCAGGCCACGUCGAUGUCUCAACUCCAUCUCAUCUGCGGGGGACCCCUGGAGCCUACAUCUUCGGGAGACCCCGAGGCCCCGCCCCCAGGCUCCCUACACUCGGCCUUCUCCAGCUCCAGAGACUUAGCAUCCUCCCGAGAUGACUUCUUCCGUGCCAAACCGCGCUCCGCCAGCCGUCCGGCCGCCGAGCCUCCUGGUGCUCGCAGCGGCGACGGUGCCGGGCUCAAGGGCGCCCGUUCCGUCGAGGGUCCUGGAGGACUGGAGCCCAGCCUGGACGAGUACCGGCGGGGUCCCGCGGGGGCGGCGGCCUUCCUGCAAGAGCCUCCCUCGCCGCCGCCGUCCUUCGACCACUAUCUAGGCCACAAGGGGGCGACCGAGAGCAAGACCCCUGACUUUCUGCUGUCGCAGUCGGUGGACCAGCUGGCGCGGCCGCCGUCCCUCAGCCAGCCUGGCCAGCUCAUCUUCUGUGGCUCCAUCGACCACCUCAAGGACAACGUGUACCGCAACGUCAUGCCCACCCUGGUGAUUCCCGCACACUACGUGCGCCUGGGCGGCGAGGCUGGAGCCGUGGGAGUGGGCGACGAGGCCACCCCACCGGAAGGCUCGGCCGCCGGCCCCGCGCUCAGCGAGGACACCGAGCCCAGCAGCAGCGAAAGCCGCACGGGCCUCUGCUCGCCGGAGGACAACUCGCUAACGCCCCUACUGGACGAGGUGGUGGCGCCCGAGGGUCGGGCAGCCACGGUACCCCGAGGUCGGGGCCGCAGCCGCGGGGACAGUUCCCGCAGCAGCGCCAGCGAGCUGCGGCGCGACUCGCUUACCAGCCCGGAGGACGAGCUAGGGGCGGAGGUGGGCGACGAGACUGGCGACAAGAAGAGCCCGUGGCAGCGGCGGGAGGAGCGGCCUCUAAUGGUGUUCAACGUUAAGUAGGGCGGCCCGGGGAUCAGCCACAGCCCCUGCUGCCAGUGCAGGUCCCCAGAGUGCGCGCCCUGGGGUGCUGCGGGAGCACAAGCUCUUAGCCGAGAGAAGGGCUCAGGGGCCUGCUGAGCUCAUUGGUGGUAUGUGCUGGGGGAGUGUCUUGGGGGAAGGGACCCUGGAUCGGCCUCUAAGCAGAGGGAGGUGGGAGGGGCCCGGUCCCCCCAUGGGAGGGGCUGGGGAGGAGGGCUGGGGUGGGAGCAGUGCCUGUAUAAACGUGGCUGUACAUAGAAAGAUCUAUUGUGGGAGAGCAGGAGGGGGGACCCAGCCUCAGCUGCUAGGGUGAGGGCUGGGAAGGGAGGGACAAUCUCUGUGGACCCUUGGGAGGGGAGGGGUGCUGCUUGGAUGUCACAGGGCUGGUGGCUGGGGCGGUCCUGGGGACUAAGGGGUAAUGUGAUGGUGACGCUCUA